AUGUGCAAGAGCUAUCAGACAGGGACACUAGUGAUGAUUUGCCUGAACACCCCUCUAAGAGAACACAGGGCCAAAAAAGGAGACGUCCAUCUACUGGAGGUGGAGUAUCCAGUAGAACUAGAGCUAGAAAAGCGGUGUCAGAUGGGAAUGAGCCGGCCAAAGAAAUGGCAGUCCAGCAAGAGAGUGCCCCA